AUGGCUCCCCGUCGACGUCAUAUCGGGGCGAGCCGCAGGAAGAGAAGGGAAGACGAGGGCGAGGAAGAAGGCUCGAUCGUCGGAGAUCUGGAAGAUGACUCCCUGAGUGAGGGCUCAGUGGACAGCCAUCCUGGCGAUGAGGAUGCCGAUGUGGAAGGCAGUGAGGACGAGGAUAUACAGGUGACGAAACAGCCGGGCAAGUCGAAUCCCCGAAAGCCCAACGGCCGUGAACACGAGCACCCGAAACGACGCAACGCUGCCUCCCCCAACAAACCUGGACUCAAAACGACUGUAUCGGACACAGAAGCGAUGUUGAACGGACUGAAGAUCACCGACGAAGGCGAGGAGGUUCCAUUUGACCAACUGGAGGAGGAUCGAGAGCUCCAGACCGGCCGAACGCCGUCUGCCCCUCCCACCGAGCCCAAGCGGGAAACUUUCGCUGCGAAGAAGCGUCGGGAGCACGACAAAUAUGUGAAGGAACGCGACCAGAACCCAGCUUUUGUUCCCACUCGCGGCCGCUUCUUCCUUCACGACAAUCGGACAACUGAGGCAGGAUCAAAUGGUCAUCGCUCCUCCAACAACAAGGGCAAGUCUCGACCAGUCGGCCUCAUCGUGGACGGGAAUUCCCGCAGGAACUCUGCAAAAACCGAUGCCAGCGAAGGGAAGUGGGAUCAUGAUCUCCACGCAACGGUAGCCGGUGAUGAACCGUCUGCCCCAAAACACUCAGCAACCUCUACUGUACCUAAUCCGCCCUCAAAUGUUCCAACUGCUCCCCGUUCCUCUCCACCAAACCGAUCAUUCUCUAGUACAACCCUGGUUGGUAAUGUACCUGUUGUUGUUUUCCUGCCGGGCAUGGCACAGGCCAAGUCGUUCGCAUCUGUACCGAAGAAACAGCACACACGCCUUCCUCAGCAUCGUCCUCCUUUACGCCGCGAUAAGCCGGUUCGAAUUUCGCUUCCCGGCCAAUCCCCUCGUUACAUUUUCCCUUCUACUGAGCGUUCUUUCAUUUUCAUUCCUCGCGCGUUACGUCCGAACCAGCAAGGCUACCGUGGCCGAGGCCGUGGCGGCUUCUAUCCCGGACGUCGACCCAGCUAUUACCCCAGCACCUACACUCCAAGCAUUGCGAGCCGUCGAUCCUCGUUUGGAAUGUCUCAAGACGGCUACCCCUCGCCCGCGGGCUCUGCCUAUUCCCGCCCCUCGAUGGCACAUCCAGAUGUUGGUAAACCGGUUGUACGCCUGCCUCCUCCACCGCGUCCUCCAGUUGGUAUUCCUCCCGUAGGUCCCGCCGCUGGUAUCCCAGGACCUAUGCCAAUGCCAUCGAUGCUUCCUCCCUACCGCGAAAGCCGCCCGGCUCCCAUCCCGAUGCAUCAACCUCGACCUCAGAAAACAGUGUCUGUGGCAGGUAUCGAAACCCCCGCCAGCUUCCAUUUCAACCCGCCACAACCCCAACAAGAGCAACCGUUCCAUCACCAAGUUCCUGUCCCUGUGGUUGGUCCUGGCCAAGAAUCUGUGGCACACGGUCCGUCGAGCCAGGGCUCGGGGACUCCUCUGUCUCAAAUUCCCGAGCGAGCUGUGCACGCCGACACUUUCCACCCGGGUUCAUACCAGCAGCCCACGGGGUACUACCCGAACUAUCCGCCUGGUGCUAUGUACUAUCCUGGAUAUAACGGACCGAUGGGACCGGGUGCGUCCGUGCCAAACUUCGCUCCAGGGCAGCAGCCGAUGCCCUAUGUUCUUCCUCAUACAUCCAACGAUCAGUCCAGACAUCCCGAAACUGUCGCUCACGAGUCUGGGGGCACUGUAUACUUCUACGACUCCAACCAGAUGUAUCAGAACCCCAACACCUACGGAUCGGGUCCCGGGGGAGUGGUGGGGAUGGGAGGCAUGAUGACGCCGCCCGGCACCACAUUCUACUAUCCUCAGGCGCCCACUACCGGGGGUAUGUACUAUGGGCACCAGUGA